AUGCCCAGUCCUGAUGGAUUAGUCCAUGUAAUUGGCUAUCAGUUAUCUCGUGCUUUUUGCUUUUACGGAACAGCCAUUGUGUCCAAACAAAACAACGAGUCAGCCAUUGAGUCCAAACAAAACAAAGAGUCAGCCAUUGUGUCCAAACAAAACAACGAGUCAGCCAUUGUGUCCAAACAAAACAACGAGUCAGCCAUUGUGUCCAAACAAAACAAAGAGUCAGCCAUUGUGUCCAAACAAAACAACGAGUCAGCCAUUGUGUCCAAACAAAACAACGAGUCAGCCAUUGUGUCCAAACAAAACAACGAGUCAGCCAUUGUGUCCAAACAAAACAAAGAUUUAGCCGUCUGCUGGGACUAUGUGGUGGAUCAUGCUCCACCACCUGAUGACACUGGCUGUAUGGUGGAUCAUGCUCCACCUUCUGACACUGGCUGUAUGGUGGUUCAUGCUCCACCACCUGAUGACACUGGCUGUAUGGUGGAUCAUGCUCCACCACCUGAUGACACUGGCUGUAUGGUGGAUCAUGCUCCACCGUCUGAUGCCACUGGCUGUAUGGUGGAUCAUGCUCCACCGUCUGAUGCCACUGGCUGUAUGGUGGAUCAUGCUCCGUCGUCUGAUGACACUGGCCGUAUGGUGGUUCAUGCUCCACCACCUGAUGACACUGGCUGUAUGGUGGAUCAUGCUCCACCACCUGAUGACACUGGCUGUAUGGUGGAUCAUGCUCCACCACCUGAUGACACUGGCUGUAUGGUGGAUCAUGCUCCGUCGUCUGAUGACACUGGCCGUAUGGUGGUUCAUGCUCCACCACCUGAUGACACUGGCUGUAUGGUGGAUCAUGCUCCACCACCUGAUGACACUGGCUGUAUGGUGGAUCAUGCUCCGUCGUCUGAUGACACUGGCCGUAUGGUGGUUCAUGCUCCACCACCUGAUGACACUGGCUGUAUGGUGGAUCAUGCUCCACCACCUGAUGACACUGGCUGUAUGGUGGAUCAUGCUCCACCACCAAACGCCUGUAGAGGGCCGGCAGAUCGUGCAGGGACCAACACGACUCAGCCAAGUAAAACAAUCAGAGAUCAAAUUGAAUCUCUUCCCGGGGUCGACAUCACAUUGCCAUUAAAGUCUCGCCUCGUUUCAUCAACGGCU